CUUCCCACCAGCCCUCCUGAGAAAUUGAGAAUGGUCACUGCGGCAUCUUCUGUCAUCUCUGUGGCCUGGAUGGCUCCCAGCAUCGUUGCCUCAGGAGUUGUGGUCAAGGAAUACAAGGUGGCAUACAGAACUGUGGAGUCUGGAGUUGGGAAGGACCAAUGGACUAGAAUAAGGACAAGGAGAAAAACAGAGUUUUACCCCAUCAAAGGUCUAAAGCCCCAGGCAACAUAUAAAAUACGGGUGUCUGCCAUGUGUGAUAAUGGAGCCCUUAGUCUCCCCAGCGAGGAGGUGGAGGUCUUCACUUCACUGGGGGAAGAAAGUGCAGGCAACGUAGCUCACCAUUUCAUUCAGAUAAUCUCCUUGGUGGAGGAAAGUCAGCCGUUAGUGUUCGCCCAUCCUCUGGAGAAAGUCCCCUCAGAUGCCUCCACCUCCUCUCUCUUGUACCAGCUUGGGAAGGAGAACCUGGAAGUGCCCAACAAAGUGAUCCUGGUGAUGGGGGCAACAGGGAGUGGGAAAACCACUCUGAUCAAUGGGAUGAUCAAUUAUAUUCUGGGUGUCCGGUGGGAAGAUAAUUUCAGAUUCAAACUCAUUCAUGAAACCACCCAGAGAAGGACAUCUGAAGUCACAGCCUAUGUGGUGAAUCAUCAGAAGGGCUUCCAAAUUCCCUAUUCUCUCACAAUCAUUGACACUCCAGGAUUUGGAGGCCCAAGAGAUGCAGAGCAAGACAAACUGGUUGAGAAGAAGCUCCUGGAGUUUUUUUCCACCCAAGGGGGAAUUGACUACGUGGAUGCCAUCUGCUUUGUGGCCCAGGCCUUCCUUGCCCAUUCAACCCACGCUGAGAAAUGCGUCUUUGAUUCCAUGAUCUCCAUGUUGGGAAAAGAUCUAAAUGGCAACAUCGUGUUCCUGAUCACCUUUUCAGAUGGGGGGACCCCACCUGUCCUGGAGGCCCUCAAGGAGGCUGACCUCCCAUGUGCUCAAGAUGAGUCGGGAACCCCUCUGCACUUCAGAUUCAACCAUUCAUCCCUCUUUGCUCCCCGUGAACAUGGAGGAAGCCACAAUGCUGCUUCUGAAAUGUUCCUGAAAAUGAGCACUGAGAGCAUGAAGAAUUUCUUUGACUCAUUAGAGAUGCUGGAAACCAAAAGUUUAACCAUGACCAUGGAGAUCCUCAAGAAACGUCAGGAGCUGGAAGCUGCUCUCAGAAGUCCUCCACCUCCUAAGAUUGAGCAAGUGCACCCAAAGAGUUUCCAGAUCAGUAUUGAUCCGGUAGCCAUUGAGAAGCCUUCGGUCUCCAAUUACCAGGUGGAAUAUCGGAUUACAGAAGAGAAUUGGAAAAGUCUCGAUACUGAAGGCCCUAAGGAUCAAUUCACCCUGGAAGAUGUCCACCUAAAUCUUCAGUACCAAUUCCGAUGUGCAGCUGUGACUCAAGAAGGGCUCGGUCAAUGGAGCGAGGCGAUCACUUGCAUCUGUCCCAAAGGGAGGCCUGCUGAGAAAUCCCGGGUUUUGUGCGGUGCGACUUGUCCGGAAAAGACUAUAAGCAUCCCAGGGCCUGAACGGAGGAUCGUCCUGGUGGGCAAAAGCGGAAUUGGGAUAAGUGCAACAGGAAACACAAUUCUGGGAAGAAAAGUCUUUAAGCUUAGUAUGUCAUUUUGGCCAACAACAGAAGUAUGCCAAAAGGAGGAAGCACAGCUGAAUGGCAGGAAGGUUGUGGUUGUUGAUACCUGCCAGCAACUUUGGACAUCAACCCCCACCAUUCCUGAUACUCCCAAGAAUUGA